AUGGAGAUAGUAGUGAAACAGUCAGAUGACAUGGGAAGCACAUUGGAUGAACAGAUGCAGACACAGCUUGGGUUUGGAGCCAGCAAGCCUUCAGAUUUCCUGUGGUUGGGUGGCCUCCCUGAAAAUGUCACUGAGGAAUACCUGAAAGAACACUUUAGUAAAUACGGAGCAGUGAUGCAAGUGGUUCUGGACAAAGAGAAACGAAGGGCUCUUAUUCACUUUGCUGACAGCAAGGACACUAAAACAGCUUUUAGAGAGUCUAAACAAAAGAAGAUUGGAGGAAAAAAAGUUAUGGUCGAUUUCAUUAACCAGGCAGGUCAAUUAGCUUUUCUUUUGACUAUGGAAGAAUCUGGACAAGACAUUAGUAAUGCAAAAAGCUUACUAGAAAAACUGCAACUUGAGACCGAAAGUAAAGGGCCUGAAUCUCAAAAAGCUGAGGCAUCUGUCGUACCUGAAGCAAAAGCAAAAUCUGUGGCAGAGAGCAGUGAAUCAAAAACGGAGUCUAGGAGCAAAUCUGCAAAGCUGUCGUCAUCUACUGAAAAAGAGCGCAAUGGUGCAGAGUCAGAUGAUAACAAUUUGAGUGUUUACCAGCAAAGUGCUUCUUGCUGCCUCUACGCCACCAGCCUGGACAGUUCAUACGAACUUGCUGACUUGCGCAGACUCUUCAGGGGCUUUGGACAGAUUCUGGGUGGUGACAUUAAGGUUAUAAAAGGUGUCCGUGUUGCAUUUCUUCAGUUCGGUGACAUUCUUGGUGUCUUGAAAGCCAUCAAUAAAAUGAAUGGACGUACCAUUGGUUCUAAGAAGAUUAAGUAUUUUCAUCUUGGUUACUUGUCCAUUUUUGCAUACCUAAGUAGGUGUAACAUGAUUAAUGAUAAAUUUGUAUCACGUAAUUUGUGA